GAUACAAAUGGAAGAUACCAUUGACACCGCCAUGGGGGUGUUCUCUUAUCAGUACCUGGCGUCCAAUGACAGUUUACUGUUCAACAUCACCCCAACCCACUCCCCCCCCCCUGCCACCCAUAAUAGACCAGAUCAUCAGCUUCACCACCAUAGUGGUCCUCUUCAUCACCAUGGUUUCACUGGGCUGUACCAUGGAGGUGUCCAAGAUCAAGACCCACAUCCUGAAACCUAAAGGAGUAGCCAUCGCAGCGGUGGCCCAGUUCGGAGUAAUGCCCCUCACUGCCUUUUCAUUGGCUAAGGUGUUACAGCUGGGGCCGAUGGAGGCUGUAGCAGUGCUGAUCUGUGGAUGCUGUCCAGGGGGAAACGUCUCCAAUAUACUGGCCCUGGCACUGAAGGGAGACGUGAACCUCAGUAUUGUGAUGACUACCAGCUCUACAUUCCUAGCCCUGGGUAUGAUGCCACUGCUCCUCUACCUGUACUGCCAGGGCUUCUCCAACCUGGAGAGUGCUGUUCCCUACGCUGGCAUCACUCUGGCCCUGGUCAUGACUCUGUUCCCCUGCGGCAUCGGCAUCCUCAUCAACUACUACAGGCCGCAGUACUCCAAGACCAUUACCAAGAUUGGUCUGUCCCUCCUGUUGAUAUCCAUGGUAGGGAUCGGCCUAUUGGCCAGCGUGACCAGAGGAAGAAUGAAUGUGAUGCUGACCGUCCUGUCCCCUCAACUAAUGGCAACUGCUGCCCUCAUGCCUCUCAUUGGCUACACUUUCGGAUACGUCCUUUUAUACCUGUUCAGACUCAACGGAUCGGGGCAGAGGACCAUCGCCAUGGAGACGGGAUGUCAGAACAUCCAGCUGUGUUCCGCCAUUUUGAAGGUGGCGUUCCCUCCCGAUGUGAUUGGUCCGCUCUACCUCUUCCCUAUAGUCUACAUAGUGUUCCAGGUGGGAGAGGCCUUACUGCUCAUCGUUCUAUUCUGGGUUCACCAGUUCUUUAAAACACCAAAGAAAGGUAGGCUUGACUGACCCUUGUCCUUGAAUGAUAUACAGUUACAAAAAGCAUCUAGUCUGAGACCUGGACAUCAGGUCCCUUGUGAUGACAAAACUGGUGUAAUCAUAAAGUGUCUCAGAGAAGGAGUACUGAUCUAAGAUCAGGUAUCCCCUGUCUUAUUCUUUAUUUUGUUAAAAGGCAAAACUGAUCCUAGACCAGCACUCUUACUCUGAGAUGUUUUAUGAAUAUGGGCCGUCUCCUAGUUCAGGUGAAAAACGACAUUAGUUAUGUCAGUUCAAUCUUAGCUGUCCAAGUUGCUGUCAUUUAGUCAGGCGAUAGCCUCUCUCCUCCCCAGUGGUGGGAAA